UUAAUCCAUUCGUUCUUCUACGCCCAAACCCGAAACCCUAAAAACCCUCUUGUAUCAGCAUCUCUCUCAACGAAAAACCAGUCGGACGACGAUGGCGACGAUCAGUCUCCGGAAGGGUAACGCACGUCUUCCACCGGAGGUGAAUCGUGUGCUUUACGUGAGAAACCUUCCGUUUAACAUCACGAGCGAGGAGAUGUAUGAUAUUUUCGGUAAGUACGGCGCCAUAAGGCAGAUUCGGAUCGGGACGAACAAGGACACUAGAGGAACUGCCUUCAUCGUCUAUGAAGACAUCUACGAUGCCAAGACCGCCGUUGAUCACUUAUCCGGAUUCAACGUGGCCAAUCGGUACCUAAUCGUCCUCUAUUACCAACAGGCCAAAAUGAGCAAAAAGUUCGAUCAGAAGAAGAAAGAAGAGGAGAUUAUUAAGCUUCAAGAGAAGUACGGCGUCUCCACGAAAGAUAAGUGAAUUCCUUUUCAUCUGGUUAUUGCCCUUGUCAAAGCUUGUGUCAAAUCAUGGUUGCUAUGUUUAGGUUUAUCAGAAUUUAUAUGCCACUCUCCUUCAAUUUCCUGGGAGUUGUAAAAGAUUGAGCUAUAUCAACUUUGAAAGAGAUAAGUAAGGAUUAUAAAGAGCCAUAAAUGAAACUAUAUUCUCAGUCUUCCUUGAGUGGUUGUUGUUGUUUGUUUGGGAUUUCUUCAUGUAUGUGUGUAAAAGUAAGCAUAUCUCUCUUUAGUCUUUACUCAUGCUAUGCCUAUAUGCCAUCAUAUGUUAAAUUUGAGUUGAACAACUGUUAUAGAAUAAUACCAUUGAACUUGAUCAUGAAGAUGACUUUGGUGAACUUGUUUAUGCUA